AUGACUGAACACAUCGACGGCAAUCAAAUUAACAGCAAUCUACGUUCACGUUUUGAUUACUUAUCAAAGUUUCUUAACUUCACCUCCGAUGACAUAGCAAUGCUUAAUAAAUUUGCAGGUAUUAUACUACAACGUGUUCCAGUUGUUGUUGAUGCUGUUUACAGAAAAUUACUCGCAUUCGAUAUAACAAAACAAUAUUUUCUUAUACGUAAUGAUGGUUUUGAAGGUCAUUUAACAAAAAAAAGUUCCAAUUUAACUGUUGAUUCAGCACAAAUGAAAUUUCGAAAAGAUAUGUUAAGUAUUUAUCUAAAACGUAUAUUAACUCAAACGGAAUGGGAUGAUACAUUUCUCCAAUAUUUAUCUCGCAUUGGAAAAAUGCACACAGACAAAGCUGGUUCAUCGUCAAUUAACAUUGAUUAUAUACAUAUAAGUGGAUUAUUUGGUUUUCUUGAACAUCUACUUAUAGAUGCUUUAUGGACAGCUGAAAAUAUUGAUAGUAAAACUAAAUAUGCAAUGUUUGCGGCUCUAAAUAAAUUAUUUUGGAUUCAAAAUGACUUUUUUUCGAUGCAUUAUUUAUCAUCAUGGGAUGACAGCGCAGCUACAAAUGAAGCAGAAAUUAAAAAGCCCAAACAUUGCUGCUUUUAA